UUCGACUUGCGGGACACUUUUGUGCGUUUCUCUCCAGAGCGCCUCUCGCGCUCGCCCCUCCUGCGCUCGCUCUUUCUUACCCUCACCUCUUCUUUUUUCUUCUUUGCCCUGUCUCCUCCUGGUUCUCUCCUAGAGUUGUUGUUGUUGCCCCCUCUCUCCUACUCCCCCCCUUUUUUUCCUUCCCCUCCCCGGGGUGUGUGGCAACUUUUCCCCCUCGCUUCUCCUCCUUCUGUUCCCCGUAUAUGUGACCAUGGCAGUGCCGGCGGCUUUGAUCCCUCCGACCCAGCUGGUCCCCCCUCAACCCCCGAUCUCCACGUCUGCUUCCUCCUCCGGCACCACCACCUCCACUUCUUCGGCCACCUCGUCUCCGGCUCCGUCCAUCGGGCCCCCGGCGUCCUCAGGGCCAACUCUGUUCCGGCCAGAGCCCAUCGCGUCUGCGGCGGCGGCGGCCACAGUCACCUCCACCGGCGGCGGCGGCGGCGGCGGCGGCAGCGGAGGCGGCGGCGGCUGCGGCGGCAACGGAGGCGGCGGCGGAGGCAGCAGCAACUGCAACCCCAGCUUGGCGGCCGCGAGCGGCAGCGGCGGCAGUGGCGGUAGCAGCAUUAGCGCCGGCGGCGGCGGCGGCGCCUCCAGCACCCCCAUCAACGCGAACACCGGCAGCAGCAGCAGCAGCAGUAGUAGCAGCAGCAGCAGCAGUAGCAGCAGUAGUAGCAGCAGCAGCAGCAGCAGCUGCGGCCCCCUCCCCGGGAAACCUGUGUACUCGACCCCGUCCCCAGUGGAAAACACCCCCCAGAAUAAUGAGUGCAAAAUGGUGGAUCUGAGGGGGGCCAAAGUAGCUUCCUUCACGGUGGAGGGCUGCGAGCUGAUCUGCCUGCCCCAGGCUUUCGACCUGUUCCUGAAGCACUUGGUGGGGGGCUUGCACACAGUCUACACCAAGCUGAAGAGGCUGGAGAUCACGCCGGUGGUGUGUAAUGUGGAACAGGUUCGCAUCCUGAGGGGACUGGGCGCCAUUCAGCCCGGAGUGAACCGCUGCAAACUCAUCUCCAGAAAGGACUUCGAGACCCUCUACAAUGACUGCACCAACGCAAGUUCUAGACCUGGAAGGCCCCCUAAGAGGACUCAGAGUGUCACCUCCCCAGAGAACUCUCAUAUCAUGCCACAUUCUGUCCCUGGCCUCAUGUCUCCUGGAAUAAUCCCACCAACAGGUCUAACAGCAGCAGCUGCAGCAGCUGCUGCUGCUACCAAUGCAGCCAUCGCUGAAGCAAUGAAGGUGAAAAAAAUCAAAUUAGAAGCUAUGAGCAACUACCAUGCCAGUAAUAACCAACACGGGGCAGAUUCCGAGAAUGGGGACAUGAAUUCAAGUGUCGGCAGCAGUGAUGGUUCUUGGGAUAAGGAAACACUGCAUUGUCCCCCCACCCAGGGAUCUCAGGCUGCUGUUAUCCAUCCCUGCAUGCCUGGAGUAUAUAGCCUUCCAGUUAGUCAUCCUUUCAACCAUCUUCAGCAGAACCACCUUCUGCCAAAUGGACUGGAACUUCCUUUUAUGAUGAUGCCCCACCCUCUAAUUCCUGUCAGCCUACCUCCAGCAUCCGUCACCAUGGCCAUGAGCCAGAUGAACCACCUCAGCACCAUUGCAAACAUGGCAGCAGCAGCACAAGUCCAGAGCCCCCCAUCCAGAGCUGAGACAUCUGUUAUAAAGGAGCGCGUGCCCGACAGCCCCUCGCCCGCCCCGUCUCUUGAGGAGGGCCGCAGGCCUGGCAGUCACCCAUCAUCGCAUCGCAGCAGCAGCGUGUCCAGCUCCCCGGCGCGGACUGAGAGCUCUUCAGACAGAAUCCCUGUCCACCAGAAUGGGUUGUCCAUGAACCAGAUGCUGAUGGGUUUAUCACCAAAUGUACUCCCUGGCCCUAAAGAGGGAGAUUUGGCUGGUCAUGACAUGGGACAUGAGUCAAAAAGCCGGAUGCAUAUUGAGAAAGAUGAGACCCCGCUUUCCACACCAACCGCAAGAGACAGCCUUGACAAACUUUCUCUCACUGGGCAUGGACAACCACUACCUCCAGGUUUUCCAUCUCCUUUUCUGUUUCCUGAUGGAUUGUCUUCCAUAGAGACCCUUCUGACUAACAUACAGGGGCUCUUGAAAGUUGCCAUAGAUAAUGCCAGAGCUCAAGAAAAACAGGUCCAACUGGAAAAGACAGAGCUGAAGAUGGAUUUUUUAAGGGAAAGAGAACUAAGGGAAACACUUGAGAAGCAGCUGGCUAUGGAGCAAAAGAAUAGAGCCAUAGUUCAAAAGAGGCUAAAGAAGGAGAAGAAGGCAAAGAGAAAAUUGCAGGAAGCCCUUGAAUUUGAGACAAAACGACGUGAGCAAGCAGAGCAAACACUAAAACAGGCAGCUUCAACAGAUAGUCUCAGGGUCUUAAAUGACUCUCUGACCCCAGAGAUAGAAGCUGACCGCAGUGGCGGCAGAACAGAUGCUGAAAGGACAAUACAAGAUGGAAGACUGUAUUUGAAAACUACUGUUAUGUACUGAAUCUUUCCUGUUGAAGAAAUCCAGAUUAUGGUAAAGAACUUUGCAGUUAAACAUUCAUCAUUGGAAAGUUUGGAAAAAAUAAAGUCCUUUUAAGGGAACUUCCUCAAUUUUGUGUAUUAAUGUUCUUCAGAAGUUUAAGCAUUCAAAAAAAAAAAAGUCUCCAUUGAUUUUCACCUGUGGUUUACGCCAGAGACCCCAAAA